AUCUUUGAAACGUGUUUCUGCCCAUUCGAAAAUUGGGAUAAACUUAAUAUACCAUUAAUGAUGGAGAUAAAGUAGAAAAAUUGAUUAUUCAGUGUCUUUCUAAAGAAGAGCUUACCUUAAAGCGAAGACAUUUUUAUGAAAAAUCAUUAUUAACAAAUUUUUAAAGCGUCAAAUCAAGUCAUACUCUCGCUCACAAUGGUGAAUUUUUUCAGAUUAAUUUACAUAAAAUUAAUUUUAAUUAUGACAAUCGUUUGGCCAGUAAUUGAUUCUCGGGUAAAUGAAAAGACCACUUUAAGCAUUAUCGAUGAUCAUAAUUUGACUGAUACUCUUACGACAAGUGUAAGCCCUGUGGACCUAUAUACUAAUAAUAGCAGUAAUCGGAUGAGGAGUAAAAAAUCGCAAGAUAGAACAGCAAUAACAACAAAUUUACCUAUCAUUUCCAAGAAUACUGUGGCUGAUCAUAUUUCUUCAUCUACGCCUUUAAUAACAAAAAGUCCUAGCGCUUAUGAUCAAGUUCCUUGUACAUGUGGUAUAUUCUUGGGCUCUCAACUUAAAUCGCAAAAUAUUACUAAUAACUCAGCAUUAAUUAUCAGCGAAUUGAAUCGCUUUUAUAAUUGCGAUAAACGAGGUCAGAUGCGCUGUCAAACCAAUUGUUUGGAACAGAUUAUGCAAUUUUUACCCAAAUCGGACCGUAUCAUAUGCGCCAGUUCAUCGGAUGAUCUUCUCAAGGAGAAGGCUUAUUUACUAAUUAAAAAUUGCGACAACUAUUGGAUAAAUACUAAGCUAACGUCUGGACAUGAGUAUUGUUGCAAAGAUGGUAAACCUUAUAAAUGUACAAAUAAAUGAAACAUGGCAUGUUAGCCGACGAGAAUAGCAUUCGG